UGGAUCGUCUGGCUCGACAGGGGGCAUCGGGUCACCAGGUAUGACAUGGCGGGCACCGGGUCAUCAGGUACCGGAUCGUCUGGCUCGACAGCGGGCAUCGGGGUCACCAGCAUGACAGCGGGCACUGGGUCAUCAGGCAUUGGAUCGUCUAGCUCGACAGCGGGCUGGGUCACCAGGCAUGACAGCGGGCAACCGGGUCAUCAGGCAUUGGAUUGUCUGGCUCGUGCGGGGCAUCGGGUCACCAUGGUAUGGCAGUGGGCACUGGGUCAUUUCAGGCGUGAUAGGAUCAUCAGGCUGGUUCAUCAGAUGGGGGCCUGACAGAGACAUCAGGCUGGAUGGGAGGCUGACCGGUUUUGGAUACUGUUUUAGGUACUGGUUGGAAAG